AAUUAGCGCCCGGCACCCCCAGGCGGCCAGGCCCUCGCCUUGCAGCGUAACAAGUGUCCUUCCUCCGUCUUCCUCCUCUCGCUCUCCUCCACUCUCCUCCCCCCUCGCCACUGCGGUGCGGAGCUUCGGCGGCUCGGCUCGAGCAGUGACUUGGUAAAUCCGAAUGAAACGUCAUGGACAAAGUCCCCAGUGGUGAAUGGGUGGAGUUCAGUGUUCUGAGUGGCGACGCCACUAGCUGGAUUCUCUCUGUGUUGGUGAUUCCUUAUUGGUUUGAUUGCGACAUAGAACCUAAUCCAAUGUCAUGGAACCGGUCCAUGCUUUUUCGCGACCGUGCCUGAGCACGUGUUUCAUUAAGAAGAAAGCAGUUUACAAACAAUUCUUGAUGUGGCCAAACAGAACUUGACCAACACAAGAUCACAAAUGACUAAAAUAAGAGAAAAAACUGAAGAAACACAGACAAACACCCAACGAUUACAACAAACAAACAGCGGCAGAAGAAAGACGGGAGAGAACACCUCCAACCCUACAACCCAAACCAAGGCCAACCUACCAACAACUGGACCUGCUAAAAGGAACUACAUCGCCAAAGGUGCGAAGAUCUGCAACAAACAAGGUGGCAAAGCAUCCACCCAACUGACCAACAACGACGGCAAAGCAUCUGUCCGGAGAGAACUCAAGCCAACGACAAGGCGGCAAAGCAUCCGCCAGAGUAGCACAGCGGCAAAGCAUCUGCCAAUUGACGACCGACGACCAACGCGACCUGGACGAUGAAGAGGAAACUAAGCGAAGGCAGGUGCAGAAGUGGAUCCUCCCCGAGAAGAGCCAUCGACCACCACCGGUAAGAGCUUCCAAGACAACGCCUCUAGGGAGGGAGCGACGCAAAAGGCGUCGUCGUUGUCCGACCAUCAUGGUCCAUGCUAUAUUCUUCAAAUCUGUUAGUGGGCUGAAUUAUUUGAAAUUCCGAAAACAGGCCUGCCAAAGGUGUCUAGAUACACCACCUUACUGUACAGAUGCUGAUUAUGUAUAGGUAAAAUAUGGCAUCUCGCUAGCAAGUUGCAUUGAAGUAUUUGGUUCUGUACUCUAUCAGUGAUUAGAAGGCUACUUUUUGUAUAAAUUGUUUUCUUCUUCUAUUUUUACCGGUAGGAGGGAGUGAUAAGCUAGACAUCCUUUUCAUUGUGGCAGUACCUUGAAAACUAUCGUCUCUUUGGUAUUGUGCUUCGAGUAACAUCGAGAUAGGAUUUCCAACUAGGAUUGAGACAGGAUUUGUUUGUUUAUGCAGAACAGUGCGAUGGCAACAUUAUUGCUGAAAUACUUCCACUUAUCCAAUCAUUCUUGUUGCUUUCUUUCCAAUUCUCUGUUUGCUUUAUAGGGCAGCAACUUUUACUAAAGCCCAGCCUGGCUGUUCAGUGGGAUAUAGCAAUUGAUAUUUGCUUAUUUCCCUGAUUUCUGUUUUUCUUUGUACCAAGGUCCAUGCCCUAGUUCUGACAAGGUGAACUACUUGGUGAAAGUUCAAUGAACUUGUGUACUUGACUACCAGUUUGCUCUUCAAAACUUGAGCUCUUAAGGCAGCAAGCAAAUUAGUGUGGUUUAGAAAAAUCAUAAUUUAAAUGAAUAAAUUCUUUAAUAGUUCAAGAUGAAGUAAUUGUUCCUUUUGAUUUAUGAUCUGACACAGAAGAAAAUGCAACGGGCAGUGCAAGCCAUCAGGUCGCAUGGCAGUGUGCUUAAAUAUGCUGUUCAACAACACAUCAGCGCUCCCAAACCAGCAAUGCUUCCUGCUGCCUUUUCUCGCUUCAUGUCAGCUUCAUCUGCUCGCCUAGAGGACAGUGGAUUUGAAACUGCCACUGUAGCUGAUAUCUUGAAGACUAAAGGGAAGAGUGCUGAUGGAUCUUGGCUCUGGUGCACCACAGAGGACAGUGUCUAUGAUGCUGUCAAAUCGAUGACGCAACACAAUGUGGGGGCUUUGGUGGUGGUCAAACCGGGACAGGAAAAAGCAAUUGCUGGCAUUGUCACGGAGAGAGAUUAUCUCCGGAAAAUCAUAGUGCAAGGACGAUCUUCCAAGUCAACUAAGGUUGGAGACAUCAUGACUGAAGAGAACAAACUGAUCACCGUGAAGCCUGGCACCAAGGUCCUGCAAGCAAUGCAGCUGAUGACAGAGAACCGCAUCAGACACAUCCCGGUGGUCGAAGGCACGGGGAUGCUGGGGAUGGUCUCCAUCGGCGACGUCGUCCGCGCGGUGGUCAGCGAGCACAAGGAGGAGCUGAACAGGCUCAACGCCUACAUCCAUGGAGGCUACUAGGACGACGCCCCUACCUCCCAGCGAUGUCCGCCUUCGAUAUCCAAUAACUCGGACCAGUGAUGAUGACGAAAUAGGCCGUGUGUUCGCGGACAAUGCUGUUGAAUUGCGCAAGGUGUUUUUCCCCCGCUUGUUCUGUGUGUAUAUUGCUGAAAGGCGGGCGUGACAGUGCGCCUGGUGCUGGGGCGCACAGACUAUCUGACUGUGGAAACACCGGAAAUAAAAAGCGUGCCGCCGCCGUGUGCUUCCUUUGCAGGAUGUCCUCA